UAAACAAUCCCUCCACAAAGUGCAGUGCGUGCUCUCCUUUGUGUUUUUAAACAAGCCGCUGGACAAAUAUAACGACACACUGUAAACAUGGAUCAUGUUCAUCUCAGUGUCUCGUUUAGAAAACUUCAGUUUGUUUAAUUCAGACUCGUGUGAGCGCGUGGAGUUUGGAAUAAAGAUGCACAGCCGUCUGCACGAGCUCAAGAAAGAAGCAGAGACCCUCCUGAGAUUAAAAGUGACUCUACAGGACCAGCUCAACAGACUCAAGUUUGAGGAGGGUGCGUUAAAAUCCAUGAUCAACGCAAUGUCUGAAGAAAGAGAGCCAGAGGAGUCGCCUCCACACACGCAAGUGAAAGCACCACCACAUGCACAGGCCUGUAUAAAUCCAGACGAUGAGAGAGAAAUAAACCAAACCAAGCUCAUACUGAAUGCUGCUGAGGACAAUGGCAUGGAAGAGGAGGAGGAUGAAGACGGUGAGCUCGUACCCGAAGAAGAAGAGGAGGAGGAUUAUUGAUUAAUUUAAAGGACUUCAAAUCUAAAAGCCUGUUUAUUGUUUCAGAUUCAAAUGUUCAAAGUUUAAUUUAUUCCAGAUAAAAUGUUUUUGUGAUACAGUGUGA